GAGCACGAUUCUGAAAUAACGGGCUAGCACUGUAAUUCACUGCAUUAAUUUUGGAAUGGCCGAAGAACCAUUUAGCGUCCAGAAGGUGCAAGGGUACGAAAAUGUGUAUUUGUUUCGGGAGAGGUUUUUUGAUUCUCCAAAUCAAGCUAACAUUUGGCUGGUCAAAGGCACGAAGAAAGAUUUAGUCAUCGACACAGGGAUUGGAUUGUGGGAUCUCCCUGGUUUCCUCAAACAAGAAGCUUUGAUCGGCGACAAACCUGUAGAAGCCGUGGCUACUCACGUUCAUUUUGAUCACUCAGGAGGACUUCACCAGUUCGAAAACUUCGCUAUUCACAGCCGGGAGGCCGAAGCCAUUCGCGGUGGAAACAACUACGAAACAGUCUCUAUUUUUACAACCACGGCCGAGAUUUCUGUUCCCCCUUACAAGGGAUGGAACAUUCAGGACUACCAUGUGAAACCAGCUUAGCCUUUCGAAGUUUUAGAAGAAGGAUACGAAUUUGAUCUUGGAGACCGAAAAUUGCGUGUGCUUCAUUUCCCCGGUCACUCCCGAGGCAGCAUCGGGUUAAUAGAUGAACAAGCUCGGAUCUUGUUCAGCGGUGAUACUAUGUAUGACGGAUAUGUGAUAGACUGGCUCCCUUACAGUGAUAUUACUGCAUAUGUUCAGACGUGCGGAAGACUUCAAGAACUGUCUAGCCAAGUAGAUAAAGUUUUUCCCGGCCAUUUUAACUCAUUUGAUGGGAAACGACUCCGUUCGUUAGCUACUGAGUAUAUCUCCAGAGCUGGGGCUUGUCACAAAGUUUCUUCAGCUCUGAUGAAGGGUAUUGCCACCAUGGUGUUAAAAGCUAAACAUUCUGGUAACAUCCCCGCGAAGUUUUGUUACCACGCUUGUUGCUGCUGUUGCUGCCUGGUGUAAAUUUGAUGAGCCUGUUGGGGUAUUCCACAGACCUCCCCCCCCUAAGCCUGUUGGGGUAUUCUACAGACCUCCCCCCCCCUCCCCCCACCCACUCAGAAGAAGGGGUACUUCCUUUUAAAGGUGUAGAACAUCUCUUUUUCUUUCAGGGGAUAAUUUGUGUGAAUUGUCGCUUACUUUUUCGUUUUUAUGAACCUGAAAUGACAACAACUAGUGAUGUAGCAGUACCUCAUAGAGAUCUGAGGUUGUUGUUAAAAAGAAGUGUUCAAAACUGUUACUAUAAAUAAAAUUCCCUUUUUUUCAAAAUCAAAUGCUCAUUGCCAAAAGCUACCUGAGAAUUAUUUCCUCCUGGGGGUGAAAACAGACCUUCCCGCCCACCCCACUCAGAAGAAGUCCAUCCUUUUAAAAGUGUAGAAAAUCUCUUUCUUUCAGGGGACAAAAUCUUUGAAUGGUUGCUAGCUUUUUAGGCUGUAUGAACCUAAAAUGACAACAACUAGGGCUGUAGCAGUACAUCAUAGAGAUCUGAGGUUGUUAUAAUAGAAAAAUUCCUUUUUUGUUUCAAACGUUCACUGCCAAAAGCUGUUUGAGAAUUGUUUCCUCACAGGCCGAUGAAAACAGAUUUGGGCCAUGCCCAAUAAACAAGAUGCAGUAAGACUUGAACUGUCCCAUAUCUAAAAUUGAGUUCUCUUCACUGUCAAUCACACAAUUCUUAAAUGUCAG